AUGGCCGCAGGCGACAGGUCGAUCACCCACGGACCUGCCCAGCACCUCGAGCGCAUACACCGUAACCCACGACCAUUCAUCUCCCUUGAUCUGUGCGAUGAGAGACGGCACUUUCAACUCGUUGUACCCCUCCGCGCUCGACACCAUCCACCACUUCUCUACGCCAUAUUCGCCCUCUCAGCGCGCCAUCUAAGCCGUCUGCCGAAAUACAAAACACCACAGGGAAUUCUCUACCAGGGCCAAUUGCUACCCAAACUCACACCCCACGACGCAGUAGAAUACACGUUGAAGUGCAUCCCCGCUCUACGAGACUUUCACCUCAUCCAAGACGACGAAAAGCUCGAGAGUAUAAUCGCCACAGCUGUUAUUCUCCGGCAGUUGGAAGAGAUCGACGACGAGGAAGAUCAAGAGCAGGAGCGGAACCAAAGGCGGAACGCGAAGCCUCAGGUUAAUUUCCUAGCUAUCAUAGACGCUGUGCUGAGAAGUCCACCGUCGCGGACCCUCUUUGGCCGCCGAUCACUUAUCCAAGCGGCGUAUUGGAUGGCCGUUCGCCAGGAGCUGUACCACUCAUUUACAAAGCGCCAUCCGCCAAAGAUGGUGCUAGAUCCAGAGUAUGGAAACGGUGCAUCAAAGGCGAAUAAGAUUGUUCUUCACACGGCGCAGGUUGCGAAAUGGCGAUGGGCUGAUGGCUCCGAACAAGAAUGGCUGCGACUUCAGAAGCAGGGCGAGGUUCUGGAGGAUGAAGCAAGGAGGGAGUAUCAGCCAUUCUAUGUGCGACCAGCUGACAGGUCGAACGGGGAGAUAUUCCCGAUAAUCUGGUACUCGUCCGCGCUGGAGGUGACAACCAUGCAGCUCAGCAUCAUAGCGAAGAUGGUGCUAAUGGCAGAGAACCCCUUCCUCGGGGGAAAUUCAUCGACACGUGCGCAGUGGAGAGAAAUCGAAAAUCAGGUACGGCAGAUGAUACUUGAUCUGUGUGGCAUAAGUCUCUGCCAUCCGGGAUGUCCACCGGCUCUCGUGCACGCUGCGUUUGGGAUGGAGUUGUACGGCGACUUUUUCACGGAUCUGUAUGAGAGGAGGGCGCUGAGGGGCGUAGUCGAUAAGUUUCGAGAUGCGAGGGCGUGGCCUGUCCAGAACCUGUCCAAGAUGUUUGAAUGA